CCGAGGUCUGGCCCUCCGAUCUAUUUCGUGACGUUGAAUACAUUUACAUGCUGGAAUUGCUUCACCCUUUGUGCCUCUCGCAAACUCCUCCUCAGACAUCCUAAUGGCUUCUAAACAUGUAACGAGGCCUCUUCUGAGGCUUGCGACACCAGCACAACAAUGUCGUUACUCCACUAGGCCAUCAAUAUCCUUGAUCAAGACUUUCCCCGCACAACGACGAGCUGCGACACGGCCCACGAGACCAGUCUUUAUUGCUGGUCAGAGACGUUCAAUAUCUGCCAGCUUACACCGCAGGUACGCGGACGUUGAGGAAGAAAGCUUUGACCCUGCGUCAGUCGAACGAGAGUCCGAUGAGGUGGAUGUGUGUAUUGUUGGUGCUGGUCCUGCAGGACUGAGCGCAGCCAUUCGCCUAAAGCAGCUGGCCAAUGAAGCUGGAAAUGAAGAGUUCAGAGUCGUGGUUCUAGAAAAGGCGGGAGAAGUUGGCGCACAUAUGCUGUCUGGAAAUGUCCUCGAACCGAGAGCGAUCGAUGAGUUGAUUCCAGACUGGCUGGCCGAGGACAACGAGAACAGAUUCACGGGCGCUACACCAGCAGGGGGUGACAAGAUGCGAUUCCUCACAAAGUCGGGCGCCAUACCCAUACCUGCGCCGCCACAAAUGCACAACAAGGGCAACUACAUCAUAAGUCUGAGUCAGUUCGUCAAGUGGAUGGGCGAAAGGGCUGAAGAGGUGGGCGUCGAGAUAUACCCCGGCUUUUCUGCGGCCGAAGUAUUGUUCAACCACGAGGGAGCGGUCAAGGGCAUUGCCACAAACGACCAGGGUGUAGGCCGAGACGGAAAAGCCAAAGCAAACUUCGAGCGAGGCAUGGAGUUCCACGCACGGGUGACACUUCUCGCAGAGGGCUGCCACGGCAGUCUGACCAAGAAAGUGUCCAAGAAGUACGACCUAAGGAGAGACUGCCAGCCGCAGACAUACGGACUCGGUGUGAAGGAAGUAUGGGAAAUCCAGCCCGAAAAGUUCAAGAAGGGCGAAAUCUCGCACACCAUGGGCUAUCCUCUGACCAAAGACACCUACGGUGGCGGCUGGAUGUACCAUUUCGGCGACAACCUCGUAAGUUUGGGUCUCGUUGUCGGACUCGACUACUCCAAUCCUUGGGUUUCACCAUACGGCGAGUUUCAGCGCAUGAAGCUGCAUCCAUUCUACAAAUCGGUUUUGGAGGGCGGCAAAUGCAUUGCCUACGGGGCACGAGCUCUCAAUGAAGGCGGCUAUCAAUCAAUACCGAAAUGUGCCUUCCCAGGUGGUGCGCUGAUCGGCGAUACUGCCGGCUUCCUCAACGUGCCCAAAAUCAAAGGCACACAUACCUCAAUGAAGUCUGGCAUGUUGGCCGCCGAAGCCGCAUAUGGGGCUCUGACUAGCGGCAAAACAGAUAGUACCGUGUUUUUGUACGACUAUGAGGACUCCCUGCGAGCGAGCUGGAUCUGGCCCGAACUCAAAGCUGUGCGAAACAUGCGACCGUCCUUCCACAACCCCCUAGGCAUUUAUGGAGGCAUCAUGUAUUCUGGUCUUGAAGCAUACGUCUUCCGCGGCAAGAUGCCCUGGACGCUGGCGCACAAGAAGCCCGAUUGGGCAAACACCAGGCCUGCCGAUGAGAUGCCCAAGAUCGAGUACCCCAAGCCCGAUGGUGAGAUCACCUUCGACAUCUUGACGAGUGUGUCACGCACAAACACCAACCACGAGGAGGACCAGCCCGUUCAUCUACAAGUCAAGGAUUGGGACGCCCACGCGCAGAAAGAGUGGCCCAAGUUCAAGGGCGUGGAGAAUCGAUUCUGUCCUGCUGGUGUUUACGAGUACGUGGAAGAUGAGACCAAGGAUAUUGGUGUGCGCUUCCAGAUCAAUGCUCAGAACUGCAUACACUGCAAGACAUGUGAUAUCAAAGACCCCGGCCAAGACAUCAACUGGCAAACUCCUCAGGGUGGUGAGGGCCCGAGUUACAGCAUUACUUGAGCGCCAUGCACGGUAUAACGAUCGGUGUCUACAGCGUAUACCAGAGAUGAACUGAAGGAGAUGAUUUGUAAAAGUAAGGUAGCUUAGC